UGAACACACAAGCCCAUCCGUUAGUCUCAUGAAGCACAUUUAGUUUCAAAAGCUGACCAAGUAGAUAAUUGCCUAAGAAAUUCUAUCACUAUAACAAUAAUUUUGCAGAUUAAAAUGAAUCUUUUCUGUUUUUUAAUAACAUUUGUCCUCAGCAAUGUUUUAGCAGAUGAAUUAACGAAAUAUAAGGAGGCAGUUUUCAAUACAAAUGCAGCCAUCAAGCAUGCGUAUAAUAUAAAUGAUUUUAUUGAUAAAGAUCAUCGUAAAGCAAAUGGACCUGUAUAUAGUGUCUCUUUAUUCGAAAUGUGUCGUUUGAUUGGAAUAUACAUGAGUACAAAAUUUCCAACAUCAUACAUACAAACGAUGGAAAUUGACCUUGAUGAUAAGAAUUGUAUUAUGAAUGAUGGAACUACUGAAAUAAGAUUCAAAGAAAUUAAUGGCGAAUGGUGGCAAAUAAGCCCAGAUAACGAUACAGUACGCCAACUAGAGGCGCACUUAAGAUAA